CCAAUCCCACUGCACCACAGCAGGAACUCCUCCUACAUGGUUUUAGAUGAAUGUGUCAGUAGGUGGAAGGUAGCAGAAGGCUGAGGAUUAGUAGUGGAAGGAUCUGACUACUGUCUCUAUUCAUCCAUUUAAAUUUCUGCACAUACUUCCAUGUUGCGCUUUGCUCUCUUAAGCUGUAGCACUGGGCAGAAAGAAGUCCAUGGAAACAGGUGUUGACCCACGUGUGUUAGAGGAGCAACAGGUAUCCUUCAGCAAUUUGAUACGUGUAGGAGAGAAAAAUCUCCCCAACCACUGUGUACUGAGAAAUGAGUCGGUACAUGCAGAUGGGUGCAAAUAAAAACUUGCCCAAAAGGGUUAUCCCCAAGAGGUGAGAACUGAAAAAUGACAGCCCAAAGAAGGCUGGAAAUCUCUCUUCUGAAGUAGUAGAUUCUACCUGGUACCGUGAAGUAGGUUUGGUAAGCCACUGAGUUUUUGAGGUGAAAGUCAAAACUUUCUUCCUGUGAGCCAAACACGGGGUAUCAUGCCAGUUCUAUUCUGGAAUAUCUGUGUGUGGCCCUGAGACUGGCCUAGGUGUGCCUUGAGGAGUUAAUGAUUACCCCAGCAGCUGUCUAAACGCCUUGGUUCCAGGGGCUGCAGGCAGUUAGAGGAAUCUCUGGAGAGCAGCAUGUUCCCCCUGCUCUUUGGAGCUGGACUGGUGGUUCUGAACCUAGUAACUUCUGCUAGGAGCCAGAAGACAGGACCCCUUAGUGGCUCCGGAGAUCAGCCACUCUUCCGGGGAGCGGAUCAGCAUGACUUUGCCAUCAUGAUCCCUCCAGGAGGCACAGAAUGCUUCUGGCAAUUUGCCCACCAGACCGGAUAUUUCUAUUUCAGUUAUGAGGUUCAGCGGACAGUGGGAAUGUCACAUGACCGGCAUGUUGCUGCCACCGCACAUACCCCACAGGGUUUCCUCAUAGACACCUCUAAGAAUGUUCGGGGCCAGAUUAACUUCUCUACCCAAGAGACAGGUUUCUAUCAGCUCUGUCUAAAAAAUCAGCAAAAUCGCUUUGGUUCUGUGCAAGUGUACCUCAAUUUUGGAGUCUUUUAUGAGGGACCUGAGACGGACCACAAAGAGAGUGAAAGAAAACAACUGAAUGACACUCUGGAUGCAAUUGAGGAGAGUACACGGAAGGUGCAGCGCAACAUCUUUCACAUGUGGCGAUACUAUAACUUUGCCCGCAUGAGAAAAACGGCUGACUUUUUUCUUCUCCAAUCAAACUAUAACUAUGUGAAUUGGUGGUCGACAGCCCAGAGCCUUGUUAUUGUUCUUUCUGGGAUCCUGCAGCUCUACUUCUUGAAGCGUCUCUUCAACAUCCCAACGACCACAGACACAAAGAAGCCAAGAUGCUAAACUCCAGCAAAUACGGUGCCCUGGCUCUUUUCUUCUGGGGCACAAGCUUUGUCGAAGCUAUAGUCAAAUCACCUUUGUAAAGUUUUUUGGGGGAAAAAAAAAAAUCAAGUUUUCUUGUUAGAAAGAUGUAGUCUAUUGCUCUCAACCACACAGGGAAAUGACAAUAAAAUAAAUGUGU